AUGAGGCCGGAGGGCACGAGAAUGGAACUCGGAGGCUGCGAGGAGCGCUUGCCUGAGGAGAGCAGGAGGGAGCACUGGCAGUUGCUGGGUAAUUUGAAGACUACUGUUGAAGGUUUGGUUUCAGCCAACAGCCCCAACGUCUGGUCCAAGUAUGGAGGCCUUGAGCGGCUUUGCAGGGACAUGCAGAGCAUCCUCUAUCAUGGGCUCAUCCAUGACCAGGUGUGUUGCCGCCAGACAGAUUACUGGCAGUUUGUGAAGGACAUUCGGUGGCUCAGUCCCCACUCAGCCCUGCAUGUGGAGAAGUUCAUCAACUUGCAUGAGAAUGAGCAGAGCAGUGCUGAUGGUGUGAGUGAGCGUGCUGUGGCAGAGUUGUGGCUGCAGCACAGCUUACAGUGUCACUGUCUCUCAGCCCAGCUCAGGCCUCUGCUUGGGGAUCGACAGUAUAUCAGAAAAUUCUACACAGAUACUGCUUUCCUGCUAAGUGACGCUCACGUCACGGCGAUGCUUCAGUGCCUGGAAGCAGUGGAACAGAACAACCCCCGCCUGCUGGCUCAGAUUGAUGCAUCUAUGUUUGCUGGGAAGCAUGAGAGCCCACUCCUGGUGACCAAGAGCCAGAGCCUGACAGCACUGCCUGGUUCCACAUACACUGCUCCAACCAGCUACACUCAGCAUUCCUACUCUGGCCUCCACCAAUCCAUGCUCAACCAUGGCUCAGAGAGAAAAUCUACUUUCUUUCCAUUCUCUGCCUCUUCCCGGAAGCCUCAAGAAAGCAGAGGACACAUCUCACCAGCAGAGGAUCAGCCUGUUCAAGCCUCUCUGCUGUCAAUUGCUGCAUUAGCCAAGGAUUCUCCCUCAUCCCCAAAUGAAAUGAGCUCCAGCAGUCUGACCAGCCCCAUAGAGGCAUCCUGGGUCAGCAGCCAGAAUGAAUCCCCAAGUGAUGCCAGUGAGGGGCCCGAGUACCUGGCCAUUGGCAACCUGGAUCCCCGAAGCCAGACCACCAGUUGUCAGAGUCACAGCAGCAAUGCUGAGAGCAGCAGCUUCAAUUUGUUCUCCUCUGGCAGCUCUCAGAAGCCAGAUUCUGCUGCUUCUUCCCUAGGCGACCAGGAGGAAGGUGGGCAGAACCAGCUGUCUAGUGUCCUUCGCAGGUCUAGCUUCUCAGAGGGGCAGACACUCACCGUCACCAGUGGAACAAAGAAGAGUCACACUCGUUGUCAUUCGGAUACCAACAUUGUCUCCAGUGGAGCCCCAGGAGAUCCCAGGAAUAUCACCAUUAUAAUUGAAGAUCCCAUUGCAGAGUCCUGCAAUGAUAAGUUGAAGUUAAGAGGCCCCUUGCCCUACUCUGGCCAAAGCAGCGAAGUCAGCACACCCAGUUCUCUGUACGUGGAGUAUGAAAGUGGUCAAUACUUGUGCUCUGGGGAAGGCAUGUUCCGACGACCAUCGGAAGGGCAGUCCCUCAUCAGCUACCUCUCUGAGCAGGACUUUGGCAGCUGUGCAGACCUGGAAAAGGAGAAUGCCCACUUCAGCAUCUCAGAGUCCUUGAUUGCUGCCAUUGAGCUAAUGAAGUGCAACAUGAUGAAUCAAUACCUAGAAGAAGAGGAAGAGGAGGAAGACAGUGACAGAGAGAUUCAGGAACUGAAACAGAAGAUUCGCCUUCGUCGCCAGCAGAUCCGCACCAAGAAUCUGCUCCCUGGGUACCAGGAGACUGAACAUGGAAGCUUUCGGCUCACUUCCAGCAGCUCCCAGUUCAGUUCACGUGAUUCAACACAGUUCUCUGACUCUGGCUCUGCUGAUGAGGUUGAUGAGUUUGAAAUCCAAGAUGCUGACAUCAGAAGGAGCACAGCCUCAAGCAGCAAAUCCUUCAUUUCCUCUCAGUCCUUUUCCCACUGCUUCCUACACUCCACAUCUGCUGAGGCGGUGGCCAUGGGGCUCUUGAAGCAGUUUGAGGGGAUGCAACUCCCUGCUGCCUCGGAACUAGAGUGGCUAGUCCCAGAGCAUGAUGCCCCUCAAAAGCUCCUGCCCAUCCCUGACUCACUGCCCAUCUCACCAGAUGAUGGGCAGCACGCUGACAUCUACAAGCUGCGGAUUCGUGUUCGUGGGAAUUUGGAGUGGGCCCCACCCCGGCCUCAGAUAAUAUUUAAUGUUCAUCCAGCUCCAACAAGGAAAAUUGCUGUGGCCAAACAGAAUUACCGCUGUGCAGGAUGUGGCAUCCGGACUGACCCUGAUUAUAUCAAGCGGCUGCGAUACUGUGAGUACCUGGGCAGGUACUUCUGUCAGUGCUGCCAUGAGAAUGCCCAGAUGGUCAUCCCCAGCCGAGUUCUUCGAAAGUGGGACUUCAGCAAGUACUAUGUCAGCAAUUUCUCCAAGGACCUGCUCAUUAAGAUCUGGAACGAUCCUCUGUUUAAUGUGCAGGACAUCAACAGUGCCCUCUAUAGGAAGGUUAAGCUCCUCAAUCAAGUCCGGCUGCUGCGGGUCCAGCUGUAUCACAUGAAGAACAUGUUCAAGACAUGUCGACUGGCCAAAGAGCUGCUGGAUUCCUUUGACACAGUUCCAGGUCACCUGACAGAGGAUCUUCACCUGUACUCAUUGAAUGACCUGACUGCAACCAGGAAGGGAGAGCUGGGGCCUCGGCUUGCUGAGCUCACCAGGGCAGGGGCUACCCAUGUAGAGCGAUGUAUGCUCUGCCAAGCCAAGGGCUUCAUCUGUGAGUUUUGUCAGAAUGAGGAUGACAUCAUCUUUCCUUUUGAGCUCCAUAAGUGCCGGACCUGUGAAGAGUGUAAAGCAUGUUACCAUAAAGCUUGCUUCAAGUCUGAAAGCUGUCCCCGGUGUGAGCGGCUACAGGCCCGGCGGGAGCUGUUGGCCAAGCAGAGCCUGGAAUCCUAUCUGUCAGACUAUGAGGAGGAACCCUCUGAAGCUGUGGACCUAGAAGCUACUAUCCUGGAAACCACCUGAAGAAAGCACAUGAUGCUGUCCGUCUAGAGACUAGAGUCACACAUGAUGCAGAACUGAGCCACCCUUUAAGGACUUUCCCCACUUGGGGCUUUUUUUUUCUUUU